UUGUUCUAACGCAACAACAAAGCACUAGCUUAGCAACAAGCACAGUAACAACGGUGAGCGCAGCUCUCACAACAACAACUACAACCACGACUUCAGCAAUGACAGCGGUUUCACAACGCAGUUCACCCACACCUGCACAAACGGAAAUUUCGGCACCAGCCCAAGCCAAGCAACGCAGCUCAGCGCAAGUUGACCUACUUAAUCCAACAACCCGUACAUUGACUCAAACGGGUAUUGAUAGUGAGCUUAUUGGAGACAAUACGUUCCACGUAACAUCAGUUACCAAGGGCAAUAUUAAAGAGACCAAACUUCAGAUUCUAACUGAAGAAAAUUACCGGUUGGUAACCAAACACCUUAAUGAAGAUAAGAAAAACUUCUAUAAGUACCAGCUCAAAAGCAGCAGAGGACUGCAAGUAGUAAUAAAAGGUAUAGAAUCAAGUGUACCCAUUGCUGAUAUUGCUCUUGCUCUAGAGAAGGCGGGAUUUUCUGUUAAAAAUGUUGUCAAUAUUAUCAACAGAGCAAAAAUCGCUCAGCCUAUGUUUAAGGUAGAACUUAAGCCAGAAACAAAGCCAAUGAAUAACAACGCAGUGCACCCAAUCUACAAUCUACGAUACCUUCUACACCGAAGAAUAACAGUGGAGGAGCCGCACAAGCGAAACGGUCCCGUACAGUGCACAAAUUGUCAAGAAUUUGGGCACACCAGAACAUACUGUACCUUGCGCCCAGUGUGUGUUGCCUGUGGCGACCUUCACGCUUCCGCUUCUUGCAAGGCUAUCAAAGAUGAUGUGGCUGUAAAGAAAUGCAGUAAUUGCGGAGGUAAUCACACCGCCAAUUAUAGGGGAUGCCCUGUAUACAAAGACUUAAAGUCUCGCAUGAAUCAGCGCAACACAGCCGUACGCUCUUCCACCACUCCAACUAGCUCUUAUACAUACCAACACCUCACGCCAUCAACCACUACACCAGGAGCCUUUUUUGCCAAUGCGCAGAGAGUUCCCAACGUUUAUUUUGCCGACGCGUUAAAACUACAAACGCAGCCAAGCACGGCGGAAUCAAACUCCAAUCAAGAAACAUUUGCAAAUAUUCAAAGAAAUAAUACUGAGCAAAUGCAGCCGAACCCCCCUACUUGUGGCGUAGAAGGAAUGAUAUUGAAUCUUACUCAUUGUAUGACUCAAUUCAUGUCUACUAUGCAAAAUAUGAUUCAAGACCUCAUAAAGGCUCAACACCAAUUGUUGCAAAUUUUAACCCAAAAUAUCGAAAUUGAGCCUCGUCUAACUUCAAAUAACACCAACUGGCUUAAAUAUAAAAAGUACAUCAGUAGUCACCUUAAAUUAAACGCUGCACUUAACUGCGAGCGUGAUAUAGACUCCCUUGUUGAACAUUUUAAAGAAACCUUUACUACAGCCGCUGGCCUGGCAACACCAAAUCAAGUCCAAGUACCACCUACGCAUACAUCAGUUACAAAUACCGAAAUAGAAAAACUUGUGGCAGAAAAGCGGCGCCUAAGAAGACAGUGGCAGAGCCAUCGCUCACCAACCUCACAGCUACUGUAUAAAGCUGCCAGUAGAAAACUGAAACAAGCACUCAAACGUGCAGAGGAUCGCAACUUGCAAAG